GACAGCCACCAGCUACAUGUCCUCGCCCUAGCCUGGCCCCAUCUCUACCAAUACACAUGCAAGUUUUUCACAUGCUAAUAUUAAGAGGAAGAGAAACUCCCUGACAAUGAGUACAUUGUAAAGUUGUGCUUGCUGACAGAUGUACUACGGAAGAUAUCUAAAACCUGAUGGAUUUGGUUUAGACAUUUAUCCACGGUUGGAAGCCUUUUGAGUUGCAGUAUGACUCAUUUCUUUCAUGUUAUGUGGAGCUACGUCUAAGUGUCAGAACUCUGAUGGAGAAAACAGCAAGUAAAGUGUCUUCAGAUGUAGAGUCGAGCCUCUAUCAGCGUGUUCAUGCCAUGCUCAGAGAACUGGACACACAUGCUCAAGCGGUCUCAAUCUGCAAUAAAGCCUCUCAAGGGAUGCUAAGAUGGACCCUCCAUAAAAAGGUGGAGAAUAAUCCAUCCAUGAGCCUCUCUCUACUGAGGGUCCUUGUUAAGGAGCUUGAAAAGGCAGAGAGGAUUGACUGCAAAAUUCGGAUUAUUCCUUUGCUACACACUCUGGCCUACGCAGUAAUACAGUCUGCUUACAUUCCAGAUGAGCUGUGUGAAAGGAUAUAUGUAUGCCUGAAACGUCUGAUUACACUACCAGAGCCUUACUGCACUGUGGGCCUUAACUAUGCUAAACAGAUGAAAAUAGAACAGAGCAUCCCAGGUGCUCUGUAUCAAAGAAGAGUUAUUGCUGAGCACAGCCUAAAAAAUGACCAUUAUCCUCUUCAUGAAAGGGUGUUUGUAUUUGCGGAUCCAGCCAUGUUUCCUGAGACAUUGUUAAACGCACUGAGGGCUGAUGUGGAGUGUGGGGCUUUAGACUGGGGCACACUGACCCCUCAGCACCGGGUUCUACUGCACACACUACAAGCUGGACUGGGGAAAGAGUGCCAUGGGAGACAACUCACACAAGCCCUAGAGGAUUUAGGUGCAGACACUGAAAAAUACUUCCAGGAUGUUGUGGCCACUGUAGAGGAGAGAAUAUUGGAUGGAGGUUCAGAGUGUGACCAGUACAAUGAAAGAUUACAGCAACUCUAUGAUGAAAUCAUCUGUUCUGCUAGCACAGAGAAGUCAUGUCCUGCCAGUCUAGUUGGAACUCCACUGCCCAGUCCUGAGGUUAGCUUCCAUGUCUGGACAAAAGAAGAUGAGAUAUGGAACGAGGUGAUAAACUUCACUCUAAUGCUGGACUCUAUGCAUCAGAGUUCUGAAUUUCUCGAAGACGGUCCAGACUCCAGACGUGCUUCUGUCAUCUCCACUAUAUCCAGAGACAGUGGCAUAGAGGGAGAUAUGCCUUUAAAUGAGUUCUCCUUUCUGAUGGUUGAGCGCUCUGCUGGGCAGGAGGUCCAGGACCAGCAGAAGAGUUUACGAUUUUAUAGGAGACCAUGUGUGAGGGGGCCAAAAGCUGCGAACAGAAUGACUUUAAUGGUGGAGGCCAUUAAGGAAAGUGGAGGAACAGGGGGGAGUGGAAGCUGUAUUCUUCAAGAGGGAAAGAACUUUACAGCUCGUGCUGUGGUCAUGGGUGAUGACAGCACUCUCGGAAGACUAGCCAAGGCUUACCACAAUAUACGAAAAAAGGAAAUGAGGAAUUUAUUUCUGACAAAGAGAGUCAACUUGGAAAUAUACUAUAUUCCUGUCACUAGCCAGUCAUACACAGCUUCUCCAGUUCAGGAAAAUGCUACAGUAGACAGGCUUACACUUGCAGCGUCCUUGGGCAGUGUGGAUCCAUGGUAUAACUCCAACAUAAACAGUCUGGGAUCCAUGAUCCUGAAACUAGCUGAAACGCACUCCAGUGUCGUCGGGUCUUCAGAGCCCAACUCCUUUCUUUUGGACAUCAUCUCAUACUAUACACGGACAGCACAGCAGCCUGUCCACAUCCCCAUCUACUCUGUGAAGCUUACCUUCUCAGAUUUGGAAUCUAAAGUUGUGGAGGAUUUGUUUGUGUGUCAGCUUGACAUGGACUUUCCUGGGUUCAAGCCACUGAGACUUACAUUUAAAGACACAAUCCGUGGAUCAGUACGGUAUAAGAAAACCAUGCAGGAAGAGUGUAGUGUAGUCGUGGCUGUCAACUACAGGAAGGCCUCCAUAAGUAAUCGAGAAGUUGACCAAGGAAUGCCUUUAACGAUAUGCGGUGUGUCAAUCCGUGCAGCUCCGCUCAGUGGAACCAAAAGUCUUGAAAGUCUCAAUGUUGAUUUUCAUGAUCCAAAUCCUACCAGACCGCCAAUGUCUACCCUUAGAGUGACAAACAUUUGCAUCAGAGCCCUGGAGAAGAAGACAUUUACUGUAUGUCUGGACAAAGACUCAUGCAGGACCUUCAAAAAGGUCCAGAGCAUAGAGGUGUCUCCGUGCACAGACCCCGGAUACUCUCUUCAAAAGAGCAAGUCGAAACACAGUCAGAUGGAGGAUGACUCAGGACUGAGCAAAUUUCUGAGCAAGACUUUCUGUUUACCCAUCAACACCUUUUCUGGAGUUGUUCAGUAACAGUAAUAAAACAAUUUUGCGUCCCACCAACGAACAUUAACUCUACAGACUAACAUUAAACUUCACUGUGCAUGUGUCUGUGCCUGUGGCAUCUCACCUGGAGAUUAGACAUCAAAAUUUUAUUGUUAUUGCUAUUUUUAUUUUUAUGUAUCUUUAUUGUGAAUACCUCUUCAUGUUGUCAUAGAACUCAUUUACAUAAUUUUAUAGCCUUCAUCUUACACUCUACAUCCUACAUAAUAAGUAAGUGUAAUGUUAUACAUAUAAAGUUUCAGUGAUGUUGCUCCUGUUGUGUACAAGAGAGAUGGAGAGGUGUAGAAAUCUAAAGAUAUUAGCAAUACUAAUAAAAGAUAUGCACAGUG